GAUCUUUUUAUCGAGCGAUCGCGAUACACAUCAUUCCUGUAAACCAGCUUACUUAUCAACCACGUCUCACUACCUGUCACUGGUCAGUGUCACUUGAACACGUAUACGGUUUGUACUGUUGGACACAUCAUCAGUUUGCGAGGGAUGAUCAGGGCCGCCCUAUAAAGAACCCCUGUUGAACCCGUUUACCACCGAUGUCUUUCCAGUGUAGCAAUGCUGAUUUUCAUGUGCGCUCUGUUCAUGACAACGAGUUGUUCGCCGUGCGCCGACAAGCGCUAUGCAGCAGCGAAGUUUUUCGUGACAUGUUUACAUGUUGUGGCGAAUCCGAGGAGACUUUGGACCUUCACGAAACUGCUGACAGUCUGGCAGCGCUCUUAAUUCUUCUACACCACCCCCCACAACCGCCGACAAAAAUCAAACGUGAUAAAUACAAUCUUAUACCAAAGGUUUGGAACGAUCCAAAAACCGUAAUACCUCUGCCGUUGCUCCCAAGACUCUUUGAGCUUGCAGAUAAAUAUGCAUUGCCGCCGGAUUCUGUUACAGAAGUAUUGGGAGAACACCUUUUGGCUCAUGCAUCUGAAGAACCCUUGACGGUAUAUGUAAUCGCGCAUUCUCAAGAGCUACACCGUAUUGCGUCUCAAGCAAGCCAGUUCCUUCAACCAAUGGCGAAUUAUAGCUUGCAUGAGGUGAAGGCGAUACCUAUUGAGGCAUAUCAUCGUUUCGUCCAAUUACAAGACACUCGAGUCAAGGCGAUGCGUAAAUAUCUGCUUUCAGAAGAUAUAUUCCCUCACGGUUACGGGAUUUGCGCCUCACAUUCGCGAGAGACAACACAACUAUGGCAUUCCAAGAGGAUGAGCCUCGCUGUUAAGGUGGAAACAUUGACGGAUGUUGCCGGGGAAAUGGAAAUUGUUGUUUAUCAAGAGCCCGUUCAGAGCUGUGCGGUGUGUCGGAAAGCUUGCAUUGCAGCAGUGGAAAUGUUGAGGUACAAAUGUCGCAAGAUUCCAAGGACAGUGGACAAACUGAAUGCUUGAACUGCAGCGCAGCGCCUCAUGGGGCUUCGUGGGGUUUUUUGCUGUCUUUGACUCUUUUUGGGAUAGCAGUUAUCAGCCCCUUCCGUCUGUCCUGGACUAGUAGUAUCAAUCAUGACUACAGGAACGGGAACAAUAAAUGGCUAUCUUACAUUUAAACUUGAAUGAUCAAGUUUUGUCAAUGUUAUUCUGAUAAUUCGAAGGGUAUCAUCAUCACAUAUACAUAGAUAGAAAUUUAGAGGUAG